UUGAAGGCAGAGCAGGCGGCGGUGUUCAAGUUCCCGCUGGCGCCGCUUGGUUGUUCGGGGCUGGGCUCGGCGCUGCUGGCCGCCGGGCCUGGGCUGCCCGGCGCCGCGGGUGCGCCGCACCUGCCGCUGGAGCUGCAGCUCCGCGGGAAGCUGGAGGCUUCGGGCCCUGGGGAGCCGGGCACCAAGGCCAAGAAGGGGCGCCGGAGCCGCACCGUGUUCACCGAACUGCAGCUGAUGGGCCUGGAGAAACGCUUCGAGAAGCAGAAAUACCUCUCCACGCCGGACAGAAUAGAUCUUGCCGAGUCCCUGGGCCUGAGCCAGUUGCAGGUGAAGACCUGGUACCAGAAUCGGAGGAUGAAAUGGAAGAAAAUAGUGCUGCAGGGCGGCGGGCUGGAGUCCCCCACCAAGCCCAAGGGGCGGCCCAAGAAGAACUCCAUCCCCACGAGCGAGCAGCUCACGGAGCAGGAGCGCGCCAAGGAGGCGGAGAAGCCGGCGGAGGUGCCGGGCGAGCCGAGCGACAGGAGCCGCGAGGACUAGUGCGGCAGACGCUGCGGCGCCCGGGACCCCAGCGCUGCUCUCAGCCGCCUCAGCCCUCUGGAACCCGAGAGCCGGCCUUCGGCGCCCACGCCGGUUUCUUCCUAAACAUUUUAUCGUUACCUUGAAUGCGGACAAUUAGGGGCCAACGAGAAAGGACGCAGACCCUGAAACAGAACCCAGGCCUCGGCGCGCUGCUGGCCCCUAGCCCGGGAGACUCGCGUCCAGCGCGGCGGGAGCUAUCCGGUUCGGCGCUCCGCGGCGC